AUGCUUUUGAUGCUUUUAAAAUUGUACGAGGAAAGAUGUGCUAGUCUGGAUAACAAAAAAUCAGAAGAAUGUGGAACAAGGCCUGCAGUAGAUGAGUCCAUGAUGGGCUCCCGGAUUGUAGGUGGACAAGAUGCUGAACCUGGGGCAUGGCCAUGGCAAGUCAGUCUUCAAAUUCAUUACAGUGACAGAGCAUAUCGUCAUAUAUGUGCAGGAGUUUUAAUCAGUAACAACUCAGUGCUGACUGCAGCACAUUGCAUUCGAGAUUAUCCGACACCAGACAAGUGGAGAGCUGUAGUUGGUUUGCAUCAUCUUUACAUACAUUGGCCUUUUUCUAAAGAAUAUCGUAUCAAAGAUAUCAUAAUCCACUCUGAUUAUGAAUUUGGAACUUUUGAAAAUGAUGUUGCCUUGUUCAGAUUGACGCAAUUUGUCAAGUACAAUGAUUACGUCCAGCCUAUUUGCUUACCUGACUCUGCUCUCUUUCUGAGUGAUAAAUCUAAGAAUCCAUGUUAUAUAAGCGGGUGGGGAAGCACAAAGGAAAAAGGUAAAGGUAAAUAUAUAUUACAAGAAGCUCAGGUUGACAUUAUUCCAUUGCAAAUCUGUAAUAGCUAUGAUUGGUAUGCAGGCACAGUAUCCCUGAAAAUGAUUUGUGCUGGCUCUGAAAGUGGACAUGUUGAUAGUUGCCAGGGAGACAGUGGUGGUCCUCUGGCAUGCUAUUUCCCAGAUGCCAGCAAAUAUUAUUUAAUAGGAAUCACCAGUUCUGGUGUUGGCUGUGGCAGACCAAAAUUUCCAGGACUCUAUGUGCGUGCUGCAAGUUACAAAAAAUGGAUAUAUUCAUAUUUAUCUAACAAAACAAAUAUUGUAAGCCUUCGGCUUGUCUUAAUUUUGGGAACUGCUGGAUGGAUAACUUUCCAUCUUGUAUAA